AUGACUAUCGCUAAAGAUUAUCAGGCCGAGUACAAGGAAGAAGUACGCAAACAGUUGCAGAUCAACCAGGAACAUUUAGAGUCGCUGACACAUCCUGGUUCGCAACUGGGGUUUGAAGUAGAUGCCGAGGUGCCCAAACCUGAUCCUAAUUUGAAGGUAUUCUUCUUUGAUAUUGAUAACUGCUUGUACAGACGGUCGACAAGGAUUCAUGACCUUAUGCAGAUAUCCAUUAAGGACUAUUUUAAGAGCCAGCUGAGUCUUGACGAUGAUGAGGCUCAACGGCUGCAAAGCACAUAUUAUAGAGAGUACGGACUGGCGAUUCGUGGGCUUGUAAUGUUUCAUGGGAUCAAUGCAAUGGAGUACAACCGUAUGGUAGAUGAUGCUUUGCCUUUGCAGAAUAUUCUAAAGCCCGAUUUAGCACUCAGAGAGACAUUACAAGCACUAAGGAAAAGUGGUGCGGUAGAUAAACUAUGGCUCUUCACCAAUGCGUACAAAAAUCAUGGGAUUCGUUGUGUGAAACUGUUGGGAAUUGCAGAUCUUUUCGACGGCAUAACCUACUGUGAUUAUGCACAACAUGAUACAUUGAUUUGCAAACCAGAUGUGAGGGCUUAUGAAAAGGCUAAAUUAGAGAGUGGAUUGGGAGACUAUAAAAACUCAUGGUUUGUCGACGAUAGCGGGAAUAAUAUUAAUAGAGGCCUGGAGCUUGGAAUGAGGAAGUGCGUGCAUUUGGUGGAGGAUAGUGUAGAUGAGAUCUUGGGAAAAACACCGGCAGGGUCCAUAGUGAUCAAAGAGAUCACAGAUCUACCUAAGGCUGUACCAGAACUUUUCAAGAAAGUUUAA